GGGGUAGAAAUCUCGCCUUUGGGGUAGAAUUCUCAUGUAGGAAGUAGAAUUCUCAUGUAGGAAGUAAAAUUAAUUAUAUCGAUACUGUUUCAUUCGUAAAAACAUCGUCAGUAUCGAUAGCGGAAAAUAUCGAUGGUUGCCAGCUCUACAGUAUGGCCCGGCGGAAAGAGAUCAGUAAUACCGGCAACGAAUAAUAUAUCGAUGGUGGAACUAUCGAUAACUGAAGCAACAGCUGACAGUUGAAAACAACAAUUUCGUGCGCCUUGUAAAUAUUACUAAUUGUUCAAAAAUGGAUGAAAAAGCCGACCAAGAAAAGCUUUAUGUCGAGGCGCAGAAGAAAGUCAAGUUGGGAGAAGAACUCAAACAAGCGCUGGUAGACUUUGAAGACAUUCCGGGCGUUACUAAGGUGCAGCGAAAGAUUCAGCAGGAACUGAAAUUUCUAAAUAAGGUGAUAGCAACAAAGUCUGUGAGGGAGCAUCAUAUAACCAGCAGCAACUUUGUUUACUACGAUUUUCUGAUAAAAACGCUGCGGCUGCAACAAGGUGUGGUGGACAUCAAUGCCGUAUUUCGCCUAGAAUCUCGGGAUAGUCCUCUGCGAGUGGACAUAGUGGCCAAUAAUGGUCUCAAAUGGGUGAAGGUCAUAGCCAGAAAUUCAAAAUCCGUGGAGGAUGCGGCUAGGGGAUGUGUGAGCAUUGGGGCGAGAAGCGUCAUAGAUCAGGCGGAGGAUUAUCUGGAGGCGAGUUCCCUGCAUUUCUGCAUGUUCCAGAGGCCGAAGAUUGUCUUUUACUUUUCCAAUAAAAUUGAGGAUUCUCUGCAUGAGGAACUCAUAGAGAUGGGCGUCCAGACAGCUUCCCUGGACUCUCCAGACCCUGACUUGGAUCAAUAUGCCACCACAUCGAAUGAACUCAACUUGGAUGUGACCACUCUUCUGGCCUAUGUGAGUGCACUGACCAAUGGCUCAGCCAACUGGGUGUACAAGGAACCGCUGCUUACCGAACAGGCAGAGCGGGAAAGGGCUUCUCCUCUGAAGCCUCUUCUGGAGAAAAUCCUUGAAGGAAAAACGCUAGUGUGCUGCCAAUUAGCCUUUGAUGCCUUCCAGAGUAUACUUGACAUUGUGGGGGGCGAGGGUGAACGAAAGCGAGCCAAGGAGCUGAUGGAACGGGUAACCGUUUACCCGGAUGUGGAAAGUAUACCCGAGGAACUGUCCCACAUCCGCUUCACUGCCAAUGUGAACGAGCGAAGUCUGAAGAUCUUUAGUUUCGGCAUGGCCCGACAAAUUUUCACAGUGACUUCGAAUAAGGCUUUCGUAAGAUCAGCUAAGAUGCAAGGUAUCAAUGUGCCUGUUUUUGUACACGCUUCCGUGGCUCUUACCGAGGGUAAACAGGCCACCGGCAGACCUCUUUAAACAAGACAAUAA